ACUUUCCGCUCUAGUUCGCCGCGUUUGCUUUUUUUAGUUCAGUCAAAAAUUUUCAUCGUUGUUUUUCCGCAUUUUCCCAACAUUUUCGCGCGAUGGGGGAAAGCGACGCCGAAAGUGAUUCAAGCAGGAAUUCUAGCAGCAGCAGCUCUAGUGGCAGCGGCAGCGGCAGCGACAGCGACGCUUCCAGGAGUGAGUCCUCCGCCAGCAGUGACCGCGAGGAAGAAGAAGCAGCGCCGUCGUCGAAGAAAUCUGCCAAAGAUGCGAAUAAAACUGAUGAUAAGGAAAAGGUGGAGGCCCCACCGAAGGAGGUGGAACCUAAGAAGCCAAAACAAUCCGAGGAAAACUUGGCCGGCGAAGAGCUAGCGUCAGUUUCCCAUUCUGCUGGCGUGGAAAAGCGGGAAGAAGAAGCAGUCGUAGCGGAAAAAGUAAAUGAACCGGAAAAAUCAGUGGAAACUGAGGCACCAAAAGAAUUGACAUCCAUUCCUGGCAAAGAGGCGGAAGCCGGCGCAGGUGUGUCCAAUGAGCAGAAAAUGCCACAAUCAACGGCAGCGGUAGAAGAGCAGCCGCCGGUGACCACCAAUGGAAAUGACAAGGACUCCCCUAAGGCAACAACAGAAGCCUCCACAGUAGACAACCACGUUGAAGAAGGCGAAAUAACUGACAAAGACGACGAUGAAGGCUUCGAGGUGGCGCCUGGCAAGGAAGACAGCAAAACCUUACCUGCUGCCCCCAGAAAGGACGACAGUCCACAAGCCAAAGUGCCCGCCCAACGUCCGCGUAGCCGGAGCCAUGAGAGAUGUCGGCAACGCUCCUCCAGCCGCAGCCAUUCGCCGCGUAGCCGGCGUCGUCGUCGCUCUAGAAGCCCGAAGAGCAGAACUCGCAGUCGCAGCCGACGAUCGACCUCCUUGGAAAGACGCCGCCAGGAGCGACAGAAGCGUCAUGAGGAGCGCGAUAAGCGAGACAAACAGCGGGAGAGGGAGCGUGAGAAACGGCAUCAGCAGAAGCGUGAGAGAUCACGCAGCAGGCGACGCGAUGAUUCUCGGGAAAGAUCCCAAAAGAGAGCUGGAGAACGCAAGACACAAGAUCGUUCAACGUCCAGUCCCGGAACGAAGUCUUCGAAGACCAAUGCAGAUAAUGAGACGGUGACCGAACCUGCAGCUAAGAUCACCGAGCGUCAGAGGAAAACGGUGGAUGUGCUGACCUCUAGGACGGGUGGUGCAUAUAUUCCCCCAGCAAAGCUGCGCAUGAUGCAGGCACAGAUCACAGACAAGGCAUCGGCGGCUUAUCAGCGAAUCGCCUGGGAGGCCCUUAAGAAGUCCAUCCAUGGCUACAUCAACAAGGUCAAUGUGACGAAUAUUGCCAUUAUAACUCGAGAGCUCCUGCGGGAGAACAUCGUCCGCGGUCGCGGCUUGCUUAGCCGGAGCAUAAUCCAGGCCCAGGCUGCCUCGCCCACCUUUACCCAUGUCUACGCGGCUCUCGUGGGGAUUAUUAAUUCGAAAUUUCCGAAUAUUGGAGAGCUUUUGCUGAAGCGUUUGGUCAUCCAGUUUCGACGGGCCUUCCGGCGCAACGACAAGUUGGUUUGCAUGUCAGCCACUCGCUUCAUCGGUCACCUGGUCAACCAGCGUGUGGCUCACGAGAUACUGGCGUUGGAGAUCCUCACCCUUCUGGUGGAGACACCCACCGAUGAUUCCGUGGAGGUGGCUAUCGCGUUUCUCAAGGAGUGCGGCAUGAAGCUGACGGAGGUGUCUUCCAAGGGCAUUGGAGCCAUCUUCGAGAUGCUGAGGAACAUCCUGCACGAGGGAAAGCUGGACAAGCGGGUGCAGUACAUGAUCGAGGUGCUGUUCCAGGUGCGCAAGGAUGGCUUCAAGGACCAUCCGGCCGUAGUAGAGGAGCUGGAACUGGUCGAGGAGGAUGAUCAGUUUACGCAUCUCAUGAUGCUGGACGAGGCCACCGAAACGGAGGAUAUACUAAAUGUUUUUAAGUUCGAUGAGAACUAUGCCGAAAACGAGGAAAAAUACAAGGGUUUGAGCCGCGAAAUCCUAGGCAGCGACGACGGCUCAAGUUCAGGUUCGGGAUCGGGCUCAGAUUCGGACAGUGAUUCGGAUAACGAGUCUGGUUCGGAUGCGGAAAACCAAGCAAAGACCACUGAGGCCGGCGAGAUCAUCGAUAGCACAGAAACCAAUCUGAUUGCGCUCCGUCGCACCAUUUACCUAACCAUCAACUCCAGUUUGGACUACGAGGAGUGCGCUCACAAGCUGAUGAAGAUGCAAUUGAAGCCUGGGCAGGAGAUAGAGCUCUGCCACAUGUUCCUCGAUUGCUGCGCCGAGCAGAGAACAUAUGAGAAGUUCUACGGGCUGCUCGCUCAGCGUUUUUGCAACAUCAAUAAGAUCUACAUACCGCCGUUCGAGGAGAUCUUUAAGGACACGUAUCAAACCACACACCGGUUGGACACGAAUCGCCUAAGGAACGUGAGCAAGUUCUUCGCCCAUCUGCUGUUCACCGAUGCCAUCAGUUGGGACGUUCUGGAGUGCAUCCAGCUGAAUGAGGAUGAUACCACGUCGUCGAGCAGAAUAUUUAUCAAGAUAUUGUUCCAGGAGCUGGCCGAGUACAUGGGCUUGGGCAAGUUGAAUGCAAAGCUUAAGGAGGAGGUAUUGGUGGAGAGUCUGGCCGGUUUGUUUCCCAAGGAUAAUCCCAGGAAUACCCGCUUCUCCAUCAAUUUUUUCACUUCCAUUGGGUUGGGUGGAUUGACCGACGACCUGCGGAUGUUCUUGAAAACUGCGCCCAAGGCUGUGCCAGCAAUUAAUGCCGAAAUCCUUGCCAGUGGGAAUCCUUUCAGGGAUGGCUCUGCCCCCGCCUCCACCCAAUCUAAUGCCAAGGUAACUCCCUCCUCGUCGUCGUCUGCUUCCUCCUCGUCCUCCUCAUCGUCCUCAGAGUCGAGCAGUGAUAGUUCAAGCGAAGAGGAUAGCUCUGAAUCUUCCAGUGAAUCCUCAAGCUCAGAUUCAAGUUCCGAACCGAAAAAGAAACGAAGGCGCAAGGGUAAAGACAAAAAGAAAGCCAAGAAAUCUGGUAAGGAAAAGUCAAAAAAAUCGAAGAACAAAAAGGCUGGAAAGAAAAAGAAAGCGGAGAAGGAAAAAGAAAAAGAACGGGAAAAGGAGCAGCAACUCGAAAAGAAGCGACACAAGGAGAAGAAGCGCUCAAAGGGCAAAAAGAAAUCAACUAAAAAGAAGUCCAAACGAAGGCAGGAACGCCAGGGGAAUUCGGAUUCCAGCAGCAACAGCAGCAGCGAAGGAAGCGGUGAUAAAUCUUCAUCUGAGGAUGAAUCUUCCGACUCUUCAGAUUCCUCCAGCGGUGCAAGCGAUGCGGAGCCCCAGGCCAAGGUCUAUCGCCAGGAGCAAAUCAACAAAACACAAAAUAAAUUCAAAGGACAACCCAUCGACAGCGACGAGUUUAAUCUGGAAGGUCCUGAGGCCAGAGGACCGCCACAGCGCUAUCAAUCGAAUGGAAACGGAAAGGGAAAUGGUCAGCGAGAUCGAGAGAGUUCCUUCGAUAAGGAGAGAAAGCGGGAGAAUAUCUUUGGCAAUGAAAGAAAGCAUGAUAAUCCUUUUGACAGAGACAGAAAACGAGACAAUUCUUCGAAUGAAAGAGCCCGAAAGCGGGAUAAUUACUCCAAUGAAAGAGGCCGAAAGAACGAGAAUUCUACCAAAGACAGUGGUAGAAGGCGAGAAAAUUCUUCCAAUGAAAGAAGCCAAAAACGGGAGAAUUCUUCCAAUGAAAGAGGCCGUAAGCGAGAGAAUUCCUCCACAGAAAGAGUCCGAAAGCGAGAGAAUUCUUCCACUGAAAGAGCUCGAAAGCGAGAGAUUUCUCCAGUUGACAGAGAUCGGAAACGUGACAAUUCCCCCUACGACAGACAGAAAAAACGCGACAGAUCCCUUUCUUUCGAGAAACCACGCCGAAGGGAAAACUCCUCUCCAAGAGAUCGGCGUGCGGAGAAAAGCAGUCGUGGACGCGGCGAUCGUUCUUCCCGAGACCGGGACCGUGAUCGGGAUCUGAAGAGGCAAAGAGACCGUGACCGAGAGCGUGGCGACCGGGAAGUGGAACGAUCUCGGGACCGCUCGCGUUCUCGCAGGGAGCGCAGCUCACACCGCAGGGUAUCCAAGGGACGCGGCUAAUAUUUUUUAUGAGACUGCAACCGUUGACGACGACAGACUUAUUCUAAAGGCAUUACAAUAUUUUUGUUAAAUAUUAAACAUGUAAAACUGUGUACAAAGAAAACCCACUAAGCUGACAAAACAACAACAAAUAAUUGUACAAAAUGCAACUAUAAAAAAAA